UGUGGCCCUAAUCAUGCAAAACCGAUCUGGGGGAAAUCAGUUGUUUCUUCACGUCUUCGCAGGAUUCUAGCUCCGACAACUACCUCCGUCGCCUUGUAAAACUGGCAGGCUCUGGACAUUUUGCAUGCUGAAGAAAAUCACUGUUUUGCCUCCAGCAAGGAACAUAAAUGUUGCAACACUGACUCCUCCUCUCAUGAAGAAAGAGUGAACAAGUGCACGGAGUUGAGCUUCUUCUCACAGAGCCACCGGGCUGGGGACAGUGGAGCGGAGGCUGAAAUCCCCAGACGCCGGUUUUCUGGGCUGGGCUUUCUGCCUUACUCACUCAUUCUCCCUCUUUCUGGAUUUUACCGACCGUUCGCGAAACAGCUUUCCACACAAUGGAGCUUCACCUCCUCGUGCAGGAAGUGCUCAUCGACUGAUUUGGCAGACUUUGCUCCCCGGCAAAAGUUGUAAAAGGAUGGCUGCAUAGAGCCACAGCAUUCUCCUUGUCAGUGUAGGAAAUGCAGAGGAGGAUGUUACCUCCGGCACUUGCCUCUCAGACACCUAACAAAGAUGAGGAAGGCUGCAGCCUGAAGCGUGGGUGAGGUGUCCAACCGCCCAAAGGCGACAGCUGAAGAACUCUCCUAUUCAUGGAGGCGAACACUGAGGAUGCUUUCCACAUGAAUCCUGAAGUGAACCUCUGAUACAUUUCCUGUAGCAAGAGAAGGCAGCCAACAUGAAGGAAAAUGUGAUAUCUGCAACUGUUGUCACUCUGCUACUUUUUCUCAACACCUGCCUUCUGAAUGGACAGUUACCUCCUGGAAAACCUGAGAUCUUUAAAUGUCGUUCUCCCAAUAAGGAAACAUUCACCUGCUGGUGGAGGCCUGGGACAGAUGGAGGACUUCCUACCAAUUAUUCACUGACUUACCACAGGGAAGGAGAGACACUCAUGCAUGAAUGUCCAGACUACAUAACUGGUGGGCCCAACUCCUGCCACUUUGGCAAGCAGUACACCUCCAUGUGGAGGACAUACAUCAUGAUGGUCAAUGCCACUAACCAGAUGGGAAGCAGUUUCUCGGAUGAACUUUACGUGGACGUGACUUACAUAGUUCAACCAGACCCUCCUUUGGAGCUGACUGUGGAAGUAAAACAGCCAGAAGACAGAAAACCCUACCUGUGGAUGAAAUGGUCUCCACCUACCCUGAUUGACUUAAAAACUGGUUGGUUCACGCUCCUGUAUGAAAUUCGAUUAAAACCGGAGAAAGCAGCUGAGUGGGAGACCCAUUUUGCUGGGCAGCAAACAGAGUUUAAGAUUCUCAGCCUACAUCCAGGACAGAAAUACCUUGUCCAGGUUCGCUGCAAACCAGAUCAUGGAUACUGGAGUGCAUGGAGUCCAGCGACCUUCAUUCAGAUACCUAGUGACUUCAUCAUGAAUGAUACAACCGUAUGGAUCUCUGUGGCUGUCCUUUCUGCUGUCAUCUGUUUGAUUAUUGUCUGGGCAGUGGCUUUGAAGGGCUAUAGCAUGGUGACCUGCAUCUUUCCGCCAGUUCCUGGGCCAAAAAUAAAAGGAUUUGAUGCUCAUCUGUUGGAGAAGGGCAAGUCUGAAGAACUACUGAGUGCCUUGGGAUGCCAAGACUUUCCUCCCACUUCUGACUAUGAGGACUUGCUGGUGGAGUAUUUAGAAGUAGACGACAGUGAGGACCAGCAUCUAAUGUCAGUCCAUUCAAAAGAACACCCAAGUCAAGGUAUGAAACCCACAUACCUGGAUCCUGACACUGACUCAGGCCGGGGGAGCUGCGACAGCCCUUCCCUUUUGUCUGAAAAGUGUGAGGAACCCCAGGCCAAUCCCUCCACAUUGUAUGAUCCUGAGGUCAUUGAGAAGCCAGAGAAUCCUGAAACAACCCACACCUGGGACCCCCAGUGCAUAAGCAUGGAAGGCAAAAUCCCCUAUUUUCAUGCUGGCGGAUCCAAAUGUUCAACAUGGCCCUUAAUACAGCACAGCCCCAGAUCCUCCUACCACAAUAUUACUGAUGUGUGUGAGCUGGCUGUGGGCCCUGCAGAUGCACCGGCCACUCUGUUGGACGAAGCAGGUAAAGAUGCUUUAAAAUCCUCUCAAACCAUUAAGUCUAGAGAGGAGGGAAAGGCAGCCCAGCAGAGGGAGGUGGAUAGCUUCCAUUCCAAGACUGACCAAGAUACGCCCUGGCUGCUGCCCCAGGAGAAAACCCCCUUUGGCUCCGCUACACCCUUGGAUUAUGUGGAGAUUCACAAGGUCAACAAAGAUGGCGCAUUAUCAUUGCUACCAAAACAGAGAGAGAACAGCGGCCAGCCCGAGAAGCCCAGGGCUCCUGAGAACAGUAAGGAGUAUGCCAAAGUGUCCGGGGUCAUGGAUAACAACAUCCUGGUGUUAGUGUCGGAUCCGCAUGCUAAAAAUGUGGCUUGCUUUGAAGAAUCAGCCAAAGAGGCCCCACCAUCACUUGAACAGAAUCAAGCUGAGAAAGACCUGGCCAACUUCACUGCGACACCAAGCAAGUGCAGGAUCCAGCUGGGUGGUUUGGAUUACCUGGAUCCCGCAUGUUUUACGCACUCCUUUCAUUGAUAGCUUGACUAAUGGAAUGAUUGGUUAAAAUGUGAUUUUUCUUCAGGUAACACUACGGAGUACAUGAAAUGUUCAAGAAUAUAGUCAGACUGACACUACUAAAGCUCCCAGCUCCUUUCAUGCUCCAUUUUUAACCACUUGCCUCUUUCUCCAGCAGCUGAUUCCAGAACAAAUCGUUAUGUUUCCUAACUGUGAUUUGUAGAUUUACUUUUUGCUAUUAGUUAUAAAAUUAUGUGUUCAAUGAAAUAAAAGCACACUGCUUAGUAUUCUUGAGGGACAAUGCCAAUAGAAAUAUCCUCUGGAAAAGGCUUUCGUGAUUUGGCAUGGGACAGACGGAAAUGAAAUUGUGAAAAUUGUUUACCAUAGAAAGAUAACAAAGGAAAACUUUCCACAUAGGAAAAUGCCAUGAAAAUUGCUUUUGAAAAACAAUUGCAUAACCUUUACACUCCUCCUCCAUUUUAUUAGGAUUACCCAAAUAUAACCAUUUAAGGAAAGAAUGCAUUCCAGAACAAAUUGUUUACAUCAGUUCCUAUACCUUACUGACACAUUGCUGAUAUGCAAGUAAGAAAUAAUGCCUCCAUUUUUUUCUUAAAAUAGUUUAGAUAUGUUAAGCAUGGAUUUUCCCCCUAAAUUCUAUUUUAAAGCCUCUAUAGAAUAUAGUUUGGAAAUUAAAAUUUUCUUACACAAGGGGCAGAUGAAUUUCAUGUGAAUCCUUUUAGGAUGUUUUCCUGCUUCAUUUCAGCAUAAUAGAUAAUUUAUUAUACACCUUAGUCUUUUCUUAGUUAAAAAAAAAUUCCCUAAAGACUAACUUUAAAAGAAAACCACAGCAGGAUGCUAACGGAAUUACUGCCUUACUGUACAUACAAAUUCUACUUUAAUACAAACCCGUAAGUUUAACAAUGUAUUUUUGAAGACUAUUUUUCUAUAACUUAGGUAAAAUAAAAGACUAUUUUCUAUCUUCCCAGUACAGCUGUUUACGUAUUCAGUGGGUAAAGUAUUUUCUGCUGCGAGGUUAUAAUGUGUAUUUACAGUACAUAGUAGUAUAUGCAGUUCCCAUUUGUGGAGUAAAAUGCCAUACCAACCCAAAGCCCACUGUGAAAUAUGAAGUGAAUGACAAAAUUCAGUUUCCAGCACAAUGUAGUAUAGUUUAUCUGAUUCUUUUUAUCUCCAGGACACUUUAAACGACAACUACCACCACCAACAACCUAGGGAUUUAGGAUUCUCCACAAACCAGAAAUUAUUUCUCCUUGGAGUUUCAGGCUCCUCUGGGACUCCUGUUCAUCAAUGGGUGAAUCUUCCUAAAGCUACCAUAAAAAGGGAGAGCUAUGAUUUCUAACAGCUGUUUAAAAGAGAGAGGUUUUGUUUUUGUGAGAAAUCUUGAGCCACAAAAAAAUUUUAAGCAAAGCCAGGAGUUAGUGUCUCUCUGAAGUAAAUUCAACUGCAAAAUCUUGGCAGUGGCAGAAACAGCUCAUAUCAGAAGUGUCCAAAUAAAGGUUCUGGGAAACUAGGUAUUUGUAUAGCAAUGGAAAUAGCUCCAGAGGUCAGAGUGUGGUAGUGAGAAUCUCCCAGUCAGUUCCAAUGUCAGGCUUCCUGAAAGAAGUCAAAGCUUGGAUCUUCAUUUUAAAGGGCGCAUCCAUGACUCAUCUAACACCCUCCCUCUAUUUUUCCCUUCACUUGAUGGUAAAUCUAUUCUCUGUGUCCAUUUACUAGCUGGACAUAGAGAACUUGAGCUCACCUCUGGGAGUCAAAUAUUCCCAACUAGCUCAUACUGAUAGCAACUGGACUCAGAGGUCUCCCCCCGGCCCCGUUUGAAAGUGAACACAUUGCCAGUGUUUUGAGAAUGUCAAAAGCAAUAGAUAUGAAGCUCCAUUUUCCUAACAUAUGAAAAAUAUCAUGUGAGUAAGGGAAGCAUGUGGGAAAGUUGUCCAAGCUCAUUCAGUCCCCUAAAUCCUCAAUACUUAAACUGUCUGAGAACCAACUGCAUAGGCAUCACUUGGGCAGUGUUUGAAAAUUCUGUUUGCAGAAUCUUAGGCCUUAUCUCUAACCUAAAGCAUCAGAAUCUGCAUUUUACUAAGAUCCCCAAAUGAUUCAAGUGCACACUGAAGUUUGAGAAGCACUGUUCUAGACAGCCAUUUCCACUAUUUUAGUUAUUUUAGUUGUUUUAGUGCAUAGUAACAAUCUUCUUUUGGAAAGGACAGAUCAAGUCUGUUUGACUUGCAAUGAACAACACUGCAGGUAAGAAAACAAAAAAAGAAACAUAUCAGUAGUUUAAGAUUCCCAUUAUGCCGAAUCUUAUGUGAAUUCACAUAAAAGAAUGACCUGCAAAAGUAUGCACAACUUCUGAAAGGCCAAGGAAUAUAGUCUACCUUGAGAGGCAUUAACCAAAGACAGUCACCCUCAAAGCCAAUGCAGACUAAACCUUUCCUAACAUAGUCUAUUCUUCUCUAAGAAUAGAGAAGAUAUGUAUCAGUCAUUCUUAAAGUCUGAAAACCUAAACAUAAAAGUAAUCUGCUUUUGACAGAUAAUUUUGUAUAAUACAUAUGAAAAACUGUGACAGCUAAGGACUUGAAUUAAAUCCCUAAAAAACACCAAUUAGCCACUCAUCAAGCCAAGACUUUAAUUCUGUGAUCAGUUAGCACUGUUUAUCUGAAUUAAGCUUUUUUGUGGUCUAACAAAAAGGUUUUUUUGUGGUCUAUCAAGGAGACAGCUGUUCAAAUGGAAGGAUACAUGUGGGGCGGGGGACAGUCAAGAGACCUGGAUUCUGGUCCUAACUGCUUUGCCUUGGAGAGAUUAAUUCCCCUCUCUAAGCCUCAGUUUCCUCUGAAGAUGUUGGACCAGAUAACCUCUAAGGUCCUUUGAAACUGACUCCUGGCUUCCAUGACUCACUGAAUAUUUUUCUGCAAAAAUAAUUCCAACCAAUGCCUUCUAUCUUAAUCUAACAAAAAAUUGCUCUUCGUCAUAGAAAUACAAAGUAAUCUUCAGUGAUGUGCUCUUUAUACUUUGCUUUUUAAACCGUCAGUUCCAGUUAGUCUUAAUAUAUUGCAUGUGCAUUUUAUAAGUGAUAUGUGUACAGAAUCAUAUUCUAAGAUUAUGUGCAAAUAUAUGUGUAGAAAGAGGCAUUAAAAAAAGAGGCAGGAGAUUGAAAAGAGACAUAUUAAAGGAGGCACUAAUCUUUAGAAAAAUGAUCUUUCACUGAAUCAAGCCAUGCUCAUUCCUUGCUGAAUCCAACAGCCCCAAAUCUCUUUUCUUAUAUCUGGCUGUUAAUUUUUUUCCUCGCACCUUCCUAGAUUAUUAACAACCAUUGCGCAGUUGGCUCAUGGGUCCUUACACUCUGAGUUAUAAUAAGUUGUAUUUUUAUAAACAAAUACCUAAAUAUUCAAGUUUUAAGGCACAUGGAAACUGAAUCUAGGCAGUGGGUGAUUUGUGUAGCUUACAACCCAAACAGCAAAAGGUUCCGAUUCGUUCUAACAGAUGUGUAUAAGCACAAGUUAGUAUCCGCUGUGUCAGAUAUUUAACAGAUCCUACAUUUAUUAGCUAUGUAACAGACUCUACAUUUUCCUAAGUGCCUAAGACCAAUCCUGGUAGUCACUUAAGUGCAAAAGACUCACUUUAACUGGCUUGGUCUGAAGGGGUCAAUCCGUUACUGCCUACACAAGAUCUGGGCGGUUUUGCUGUGUGUCUUGUGAUGACCCAGCUGAAUGUGAAAAGCCUGUGAGUUAUUGAGCAACCAGAGGCCCCUGCAUUCCAAGAAGCAGUUUGGCUCUGGGGAAACUCUGGCUUUCUCUUUCCUCAAGUGUCCACCACUGCCCAUCAUUUGCAGAAAGACUUGGCCCUGCCUUUAGCAACUUCCCUAUCUCCUUAGAGUAGACAAGAAAGAAACAGAUUUGUGCACAUUUUACAAAGUGCCUUCCUCUAGUUUUAUUUUUUUUUUAAGUUUUCAUUUUUCAAGGAAAAAUGUGUUGAUUAGAAAGUAACUUUUGCCUUGUAGGGAGAUAGAUAGAUAGAUAGAUAGAUAGAUAGAUAGAUAGAUAGAUAGAUAGAUAGACAGACAGACAGAUAGAUGAGAAGAAGCCAGAAAGGGCACAACAAAAUGCUCUAAGGGUCAACCAGCAAAUGUUCAGUGAAUGUUGACGUAUUGUUUAAUUGAAUCAACACAGAGCUGUUGUGAAUAGUGUGACUUACUUUGCCUGAUAAGAAAUUGAGUCUGGCUGUGAUUUGGGGAUAAAUCUGCCACGCUGUGAUUUGAGACUCUUCAUACCAAAACAUAUUGAUACGUUUUUGAAUGUCUUUGGCUUACAUGCCUAAACCUGAAGAGAACAAUGCAUGUACAUUGGAACUUUGCACACAAACAGAAAAAUAUAAAUGACUUUGAAUUAACAUCCCAAGUGUUGCUAACAUAGAUGUGCCACUGAUGAAAGUCUCAUGUGUUCUUGAGUGAACAAAUUUCCUUUUCUGCCUUUUUGGCUCAAGCACAAUAAUACUGUCACUAAGACAGUGACUGAGCACUCAAUGUCCAAGACUAAAUCACAUCGCCACGACUAAGUAGGCUCUCUGUCCUGGGAUGUCUUUUAAAAUCUGGACAUCAGGUUCCUUACUUGUUAAAUAAGUGGGUUGACCUAAAAGGUUUCUAAGACCUCUCAUGAUCUAGGUGAAAUCCAGGGUUUCAGGUCAGUGUCCCUGGUGCAGUGCAAGAAAGCCUUGCUGACAUGCCCUUGGCCUGAAGCAGCGAGCACGUGAAACUGUGUGACAAUGCUUAAGAGAAAAACAGAGAUCUGUUCCUCCAAGUCAGAUUGAUUUAACAUCCUUGCUUUUCCUUUUCCUUCCUAGCUUUACGUAUUUAUAGGGUUUUUACUUCUUCUCCAGAGCCUACUAUUUUUCCUAAGAGUUAGUAGCAACCAUAGGAUCCACAAGAAAUGAAAUUAUUCAUAAACAAUGACUUUGGCACUGCAAAAGUCUGAGUCAAAGGUUAAAUCAGUCACACAGAUAUCCAAGGCCAAGUUGAAGACCACAAGUAUAUCCCAUUUAGAGAUUUGCAUGCUUAGAGACUAAGCCCACAUUCAUUAAUUAUUUAGUUAAUUCAAAGGCCAUUAAUAAAUCCAUGCCCAGCCUGGGCAACAUAGUAAGACCCAGUCUCUACAAAAAUUUUAAAAAUUAGCCAGCCAUGGUGACACGUACCUGUAGUCCUAGUCACUUGGGAAUCUGAAGCCAGAGGAUUGCUUGAGCCCAGGAGAUCGAGGCUGCAGUGAACCGUGAUUGUGUCACUGCACUCCAGCCUGAGUGACAGAGCAAGACCUUGUCUCAAUAAAUAAAUAAAUCCAAGCUACUUUGAUGACUAGAUACUGGAGGUCUUAAGGAGAAGCUUUAAAAAUACAGAUUGAUUGCUUCAGAGAAAUCCUAUUUAUAAUUAUGAUCUGAACUUAUUCUAUGAUUAGCAAAUAUAUCAUCUGAAAAUAAAACAGGAGUUCUCUCCCCAGAUUUUUGUUUUUCAGGAUGGUGAGUUUUGGUCUAGGACCCUCAUGGCACCCAUUUCAAUAAAAGGAAAAAGAUAGUAAAAUAGGAAAUAGGAAGUUUCCAGAGAGAUCUGGGCAUCUCAGGAUUCCAGGAAAUGCUGAGACUAACCCACUAAAUCCAAAUUUUAUUGGAUAUGGUAAAUCUAAAUAUGUUCAGUGUUCUGAACAGAUUUUAUGAGUUUAUGUCCAAGAGAGGUACAUAAUUCACAAACACUAUCAUGCUGGCAGCUGUUUUAUCCACAUCAAUUCCCCUGAUUUAAUGCUCUGAUUUCAAUUUAGAAAGUAUUGAGACAUGUAAAGUCUCAAAACAGGAAAAACCUAUCUUGUUUAUAAGGUGUGGUCGAUAAAUAGACCACAGAUAACCUUAGUCUAUUAAUUAACUCUCAGAUAAUCUUAAUCUAUUCAUUAACAUUCUACUUGCUGCUGAUUAAAAAGAAAGAAACCCUAAAACCUUCAGCAACUGAAGUAGUAAUAUAAAAAAUAACCUUUACUAGUUAUGGUCAAAUUAGGCUUCACUUGGAUAAACCUCAAAAUGUAGUCUGAGUUCUUUUGUGCACACUUUACAAAUCCUGAGGAAAAAAAUCUUUUUUCCAUGUUAUCUGAAAAACUAUAUGGUGAAGAUACCUCUGAAAAAUAAUUUGUUUUAUGAAAUUCCUGAAAAGCUAAUUGUGAAUUUGUUAAAGAAACUACCUCCCCUUUGUGUCCUAAUGUCCUUCCUUCAAAGCUGCAUAUAGUUUAGAAAUGAAAGAUGUCACGUCUCAUGCUUUGACUGGUUUUUGGUGGCAUAUUUGAUGUAUUUGCCAAGUGGCAUUCCUGACUUCACAGUAACUGUUACAUUAUUUAGUACUAUAUUGCUUUAUGUGGUUCAAAAAUAGUAUACGCCAUACUGAAAUAUGUAAUCCUCAUGUUGUGAAACUCAUCAUGUAAUACAAAUGCAAAUCAUUACUUAAUAACUUACAAUUUAUCCAUAUGUAGUUGCAAUAUGAUUGUGCCUAUGACUAUAAAAAAAAACUGAAAAAAUAUGUAAUGUAUUUCUGUUGAAACGGUGAAUGUACUAAUUUUUUUCUUAAUCUUUGUCUGGAAGAAGCAUUCUAUGUCAUUCAUUGUACAGCUGCUCUGGGGUGUUACACACUUAAAGUACAAUCCAACAGUUGUUUAAAAGUCAACCUCUCGGCUUUGUUUCAUGUGACUGCUGAAGCUUCUCAAGUGUUCUUUGUGUGAUGAGGCUUGCUUUUGUGCUUCAUCAUUCAUUUUAAACAAUUGAAAAGUCUCAUGUGGAAACCAAAGCAAUCUAGAACCAGCCUGUUGGGUGACUGUGUCUUCUGUAAAGCCAUAUUGAAGUGAAGCUAUACGUAAUAGCGUAAGGUUCCAUAUUUUCAAAGCUACCACUACCUCUGCUUUUCCUCUUUCCCUAGAAAAUGCCAAGCAAAAUUCCCCAACACUAAGUGAGAAAUUAGAAGUAAUUGUUAUAAUUAAGUUGCUGGGUGUAUAUAUACACACCUUCUAAUUCAUCACUUUGCAGGGUUAUGCGAGAGUUUCUGAAUAACCAUUCUUACAUUUUUACAUUUUAUAAAAACUGCCUGCAAGAAAGGUUCAGAAAGAAUACUUAGUAAGUCAUCAGAUGAAAAACCAGCAAAACCAUAGAGUGCAGAUUUUUUCCUAACUAUAAGUCACCUCAUAGUUGUCCAAAGCCAUGAUAAUGAUAUCUCGUACAAACUGACUUCUGUAACCCCCCUAGAAAUAACCCUUUUCCUUAUUUGAUUUUAGCCAUCAAACAUAGUAUGAUGUGGGAAAAGUCAGUCAUUUACCAGGAAUAAUCUUGUUUUGAUUUUAAAAACUCAUUUCUGUAUGUAGUUAUUGUAAUGUCUAUUUUCUUAGACUUAAAGAUUUAUAGAAGACUAUAGUUAUCUGAUUUGUUAUUUUGCAUUUUUUCAUUCUGUAAAUCUUUGCUUGUGGCACAUUGUGCUCUCUGUUUUCCAUGGGUUUAUUCAUUUGUCUCCUUCUAUUUUGAGGGGACAACAUGGAUAGUUAAAUCUUUGUGAAUAGAUUGGAGAUAAUGCUAACUGCUAUCAUAACAUCUUCAUUUUUAUUGCAUGCCAAAAACAAUGCCUGCCAAACAAAAUCUUAGACAUCCCAAUAUAAUGUGUUCAUUAUAUUUCUAUUCACACCAUUAUUGAAAAUACCCAGUUCAGUGCCUGGCUUAAUAAAUGCUUAAUUCCCUUACCUACUCUUGCCCUAUUUUUUUUAUUUGAAAUGGAGAUGAGCAAAAUAACACAUUCAUGGCUGAAGCAUUUUUUUGGACAUUUCUUGUUGCUAAAAGAUCUAUAAUCAGGACGUUGUUUAUGUAAGUUGGACAAAAAAAGUUCUUCCCGUCUAUGUCCACCCUUCCAUAUGAUUGCAAAACAAAAUUUCCCUCCUUUACCUCAUCCCUAUAACAUAGGAGCCUGAGAAAAAUGAGGGAAGAUGGAACCAGAUAUAAGGAGAUCCAAUAAGAGAAGCUUAUUUAAAUAUUGUGAAAUAAUGGAAAAACCAAAGCAUUUUUUUAAGUGGGGAAUCCUUUUGAACAGUUAUUAUUUAUCCAUAUUGCUAACAACAGCUUUUCUGACAAAAUCCAUCAGAUGAAGUGCAAAUGGAUAAUCUUUUACUUUUAAUGGAUCUAGAACUAGAAAGUUUCACUUACUGUUCAUGUUUGUGUUGCAGAAUUGUGAAAUGGUGUGUGGUUUUGCUUUCCAAGUUCUUCUCUGCCUCCUCUUAAUUCUCUAAUGCCGUGUCUUACAGAAGAAUGAGAAAUUUCUUUCUUACUUGAGUAUCAUGCUCUAAAAAACUUGGCUUCAGUCAAAGAAAUGCUAGCUCUCCUGUGCUUAUAUUGAAGCCAUCUGCCUUUAAUUCUUGGGUCCUCUUAUAUUUUUAAGGUGCAAAAUUUGAAGUCUCAGUCACCAGACACAGGAUCUAUAUAAUUAAUGGUGAGCUGGAGAAGUAAUAUGUAACUAAUUUUUCAAAAGCAUUGAAUAUACUUUCCCGAAAGAAAACAGAAAUUAAAUAUUGCCACAUCUUGCCAGAUUCCCAUCUGACACCUUAACCUUGUCAGGUUUCCUACAACUUACUAAUCAAGUUUUACACCUUGUAAAUCUCCCCAGUUUUUUCGGGGCUGAAAGAUGCAACUUCUAUUUAAUAGAAACUUUGAAAUGUUGGGGUAAGGGAGCAGUGGGGGGACAGGGGAGAAGGAUAAGAAAUAGAAUUAUUGAAAAACCCCCAACAGAGACCUUCCUGGCCAGAAUAUGCAGAGUAACUUUUGCUGGCUUUACCUUUGAAAGUCCCUCGAAACCAUGCAGAUGAAACUGAGCCUGUUUUUGAAACUGUCAGAUGCAUUCUACUUUGGAGGUCCCAAUACCUAAACUGGAAUUCUUAUAUCUACAUCUCCUCCACCAUCCCCCACACCGCCCCUCAAUUCCUGUUGCCCCUGCUAAUGUUAAGCAUUUAUCUCUUGUUAUGAUCAGGUUCACAUUAAAAACAGAUACUUACAAACUGACUGGAAGCACAGAUACCUUUACGAAUGUGAUAAAAUAUUUUCUUAAGAAAAAGAAACAGGAUGUCGGUCAAAUAAAACACUACGUGGAUGUUGAUUGGUGAACACUGGUGUAAGAAAAGGGAGCUCAGGAAUUUUUAUUACUGUAUUUGUAAAUGAGUUUGAAAGAAUUUGUAAACGCCACUGGUACAUUUUUAAGGUGACACAUUUGCUCAUUAUAAAGUGAUUAAAAAUUACAGGGUAAGCUUAAAUGACAUUUGCCAGUAGUUUUACUUUACAUAAUCAAUACUGAUAUUGUUGCUGAACUAUGUAACUUUAUGAUGCAUUUUUCAGUCCCUUUUCAGAGCAAAUGCUUUUGCAAUGGUAGCAAUGUUUAGUUGAAAUUGACUUAAUAAAUUAUUACGUGAGCAAUG